AUGCUUGAAUUGAUCCUCUUCAUAGGUGCUCUAGCGUCUACCCUGGCUUUUGCUUCGGCAAGUUUAAUCAGAAUCUGCAGCACGCGAGCUAAAGUCCCGAUACCAGUGAUAGUCCCGAUCCAAACCAAAGUCAAGGAAAAGAUCGACGAGAACGAGAAUGUCUCAAAAUAUCAAGCUUUGAGAAAUCUACGAGAUCAACAUGAAGUGGCCGCUGUUAUGUCAAGACUAGUUGAUGAGGACGGUGCAGGAGCUUGGCCACCGAAUGCAAAUCAUGAUUCGUGGCCCAUGGCUCUUCGUCCAUACAAAGAUAUUUACUUCCAGCUCAUUCCGCUUCUUUCCGCGGCUCCGCCUUCGCUAGAUGAUGAUACCAACAAUGAAAGACGCGAAAAAUAUCGAUCUAUGAUGCGCAAGUCGUUGAUGGAGCGGAUCAAUGUUCCCCAAGUUGUGGCCAUCAUGGCUGCAGUUGAAGCUGGUAAUUGGGAUCUCUUUCCCAGAGAUGCAUACAAUGGUUUUCUAUUGCUAUGGGCAACCAUUCCUGUGGUCAAAGUAGCACAAUUAGAGAAAAUCGUCGAGUUCCCAUCUGAACUCGACGCGCCGUGGCCAUAUCUUCAGCGAAACUUCGGUGUCGAUGCCGAUGCAAGAAACAAUACGUCAAACGUCUUGCUUAACUUUAAUACGAGAGGAGAAAGGAUUUAUAGAAUUAACGUCGGAAUGUCCGAACUGAUCCGAUCAUCCGAAGAAGUUUUCUUCCAAAUGUUCUAUGACCUUGAAGUUGUCGCUUUCCCCAUCUACCACGAAAUGGUUCUUUCAGUCCUAUCCUACAACUCAUCUUCCGCCAGCACCUGCCUCCCCCACCUCCGCACCAUCAACACGCGUCUCCGCGAUCUAUUCCUCGUCUUCUACGAAAAUCUCACCAAGUCCCGCGUCUCUCACUCCGUCUGGCUUUCCUACGUUCAGGGGUUCCAAGGAUGGGGCGUUGGAAAAAUCGUCAAUGGGGUAUAUGUGAAAUACGAUGGACUUUCUGGAAACCACGUCUUGUUCUUCCAAGCUCUAGAUGCGUUUUUGGGAAUGGAGAGAUAUUUGACAGAUGAAAAUAUGGAGAGAUAUAUACCAGUGAGACAACGAGAAUUGUGUUUAGUGCUUAAGAAGUAUAGUUUUGUGAGGGGAGCGAGGGAGAAAGGAGAAAGGGAAAUCGAAGAGGAGUUCGCGAAGAUGGUUAAUCAGUUGAAGUUGUUUCGAGCAGCUCAUCGCGCACGCGUAAUGUCGUAUCUCCAAGAGCCAGCUCCUGAACGUCUAGUAAUGACAGCUGGUAAAUCCGUUCUUGAGAACUCGAAUACUAAGAGUCUGGGUGAUGCGCUGAAGCCUUUGGAUGAUAUGCUAGCGGAUAGAUUGAAAGAAACAGCGAAUGUUGGAUCUAUCGGUGCUGGCGCUUGA